AUGUCCUUGGGUGGGGUGGGGUGGGGGUGGGUCAAGGGAGUCUCUACGCUGAGAGUGGGUUCUUGGAACAUAGGUACUUUGACGGGAAAGUCUAUAGAGUUAGCGAAGAUCUUCCAGAAGAGGAAGAUUCAUAUAGCUUGUGUCCAAGAGACUAGAUGGGUGGGUUCGAAGGCUCGAGAUGCCGAUGGGUUUAAAUUGUGGCUCUCAGGACGCGAGAGGAGUAAGAAUAAGGUAGGUAUCUUGGUUGAAAGGGAUCUUAGAGAGCUAGUGGUAGAAGUUAGGAGGGUGAUCGAUAGGCUGAUGUCUAUUAAGCUGGUUAUGGGAGGGUCUACUUUAAAUGUGAUUAGUGCUUACGCGCCUCAAGUGGGUUUGGAUGAGGAGAUUAAGAGUCGCUUCUGGGGAGAACUUGACGGGUUGGUCCGUGGCCAUCCGCACACCGAGAAGUUAUUCAUAGGAGGUGACUUCAAUGGUCAUAUUGGGGCGGCAUCUGGGGAUUAUGAAGGUGUGCAUGGCGGCUUUGGCUUUGGAGUUAGGAACGGAGGAGGUACUUCGUUGUUGGACUGUGCUAAAGCCUUUGAUUUGGUGAUUGCUAACUCGUAUUUUUCGAAAAGGGAGGAGCACUUGGUUACAUUCUAG